UAAAUAAAAAGCCAAACCUCAGAGUCAAUACUCUCGAGUUGUCGAUAUUUUUCGACAGUCUCACACUUUCACUCGGGCUCUGUCUCCUUUGCCCUGCCUUCAUCUACUUCCUCUCUCCUCUCCGAAACGGCCGCCGCAACCACCACCUACUGACCUACCCCUCCCUCCGCCCCUUCCCUCAACUUUCCCUCUCCCUUCUCUCCACAACAAUGACCAGCUGGAAAAGUCUAAUCCUACGAAUCGGCGAAAAAUGUCCAGAAUACGGCGGAACCCUAGAUUUCAAAGACCAUAUCGACACCUGCUACGGAAUUCUCUGGCGAGAGUUAGACCAACAAGAAGGAGAAGAAGUUCUCUACUACCUCCUCCAAUGCGCCGAACAAUUGCCCCACAAAUCUCCAUUUUAUGGCACAAUAAUCGGUCUAUUAAACCUAGAAAAGGAAGAACUCGGCAAAUUAGUAGUCGAAACAACUCACUCAAAUCUACAGGAGUCAAUUCAAUCUGAGAAUUGCGACAGAAUUCGUGUUCUGCUACGGUUUCUCACUGUUUUGAUGUGUAGCAAGGUUCUUCAGCCAGCUGCUUUGGUGGUCGUCUUUGAGACGCUGCUUUCGUCGGCCGCUACGAUAAUCGAUGAAGAGAAGGGUAACCCAGCUUGGCAAGCGCGGGCUGAUUUCUAUAUAAGCUGUAUUUUGUCUUGUCUUCCUUGGGGAGGAGCUGAGCUAAUGGAGCAAGUUCCGGAGGAGAUUGACCGAGUUUUGGUUGGGAUUCAGGCUUAUUUGAGUAUAAGGAGGCAUGUUAUGGAUGUUGGGUUUUCAAUUUUCGUUGAUAAUAGCAGAGAUCAGAGAGCUAAUGAAAAGGAUUUUUUGGAAGAUUUAUGGGGUCGAAUCCAGGAUUUAUCCAACAAUGGGUGGAAACUUGAAAGUAUUCCACGUCCCUACCUCUCUUUUGAAGCUCAGCUUGUAGCUGGAAAGUCUCAUGAUCUUGGUCCCAUUAAUUGCCCCGAGCAGCCAAGUUUGCCGGCUACUGCUUCCAGUGUCAGCUAUGGUAGACAGAAGCAUGAUGCCGAUCUAAAGUACCCGCAAAGAAUUCGCAAGCUGAAUAUAUUCCCUCAAAAUAAACUAGAGGAUUUGGCACCUAUAGACCAGUUCAUCAUGGAAGAGUAUCUGUUAGACAUUUUGUUAUUCCUGAAUGGUUGUCGGAAGGAAUGUGCUGCUUAUAUGGCUGGCCUUCCGGUACCCUUUCGCUACGAGUAUCUUAUGGCAGAGACAGUCUUUUCACAGCUCCUUUUACUUCCUCAGCCACGAUUCAAGCCAAUAUAUUAUGCUUUGGUUAUCAUGGAUCUUUGUAAAGCCCUUCCUGGGGCAUUCCCAGCAGUUGUAGCUGGUGCUGUACGUGCUCUUUUUGACAAGAUUGCUGAAUUGGAUAUGGAAUGCCGUACACGACUCAUUCUUUGGUUUUCGCAUCAUCUGUCCAAUUUUCAAUUCAUUUGGCCCUGGGAAGAAUGGGCCUAUGUGUUGGAGCUUCCAAAGUGGGCUCCCCAACGUGUAUUUGUUCAGGAGGUUCUGGAAAGAGAAGUUCGAUUGUGUUACUUGGAGAAAAUCAAGCAAAGUAUUGAAAAUGCCCCUGGCUUAGAAGAGUUGCUUCCCCCAAAGGGUGGUCCAAAUUUCAGAUAUAGUGCAGAAAAUGGCAGAAACAAAGCUGAGUGGCUUGCAUUGUCGGAAGACCUCAAUGGCAUGGUUAGAGGUAGGCAAACUGCACGAGAAAUCAUAUCAUGGAUAGAUGAAAAUGUGGCUCCUGUGCAUGGGUUGGACGUCACACUUCAAGUAGUAAUUCAAACUUUACUGAAUAUUGGAUCAAAAAGUUUCACUCACCUAAUGACUGUUUUGGAGCGAUAUGGGCAAGUGAUUGCUAAGGUAUGUCCAGAUGAGGACAGACAAGCAAUGCUGAUUAGUGAAGUGAGUACCUUCUGGAAGAAUAGUACUCAGAUGACUGCCAUAGCCAUCGAUCGUAUGAUGGGUUAUCGUCUGAUCUCCAAUCUGGCUAUCGUGAAAUGGGUCUUCUCUCCUGUGAAUGUGGAUCAGUUCCACACAUCAGAUUUAUCUUGGGAGAUUCUCAGAAACGCUGUAAGUAAAACUUACAACCGUAUUUGUGAUCUUAGGAAAGAGAUCUCGUCACUGAAGAGGCGUCUUGAAUCAGCAGAAGAAGCAACAUCAAAUGCUAAAGCAGAAAUAGAGGCAGCUGAGUCACAACUUACACUUAUGAACGGGGAACCCGUUGUUGGUGAGAAUCCUUUUAAGUUGCAACGAUUAAUAACUGCUUCUGAAAAGGCAGAAGAAGAAGAGGUGUCUUUACGUGAAUCCUUGGAAGCAAAAGAAGCUCUGCUUUUCCGUGCCCUUGGUGAAAACGAGGCUUUGUUCCUCUCCUUGUAUAACAACUUCUCCAUCAUCCUGCUUGAUCGCCUCCCUGCAGACUCUGCUAUCGGAACAUCUCGUAGCUUGCUUUCUAGUCAGACUGACUUAAUGACUCUGGACUCUGACGAGCCAUCAGGAAUGGAUGUGGAUGUAAACCAAGAGAAAGGAUUAAACAAUGUGUCUAAUGGUGAGAAAGGAGCUGCUACUUACAAUUUAAGUGAAACAGACCAAUGGGGUUUAUCAACACUGGGUUAUGUCAAGGCGAUUACUAGACAGUAUGCCUCCGAGAUUUGGCCACACGUUGAGAAGAUAGACCAAGAGAUUCUGAAAGGAAACGUUCACUAUCUUUUCAGGAAAGCAGUCUAUUGUGGUCUAGGUCGAUUAACUGAUGAACGCUGAUCGCGAUAUUUAUGUAUCAGGGAAGCAGCUUAUUGCGGUCUAGAUAGGGUUAGCUGAGCUAACUUAGCUCAUAAACAUUGGUCACAAGCAUGUUGAAAGCAUUUUUUAGUUGUAAAUUAGGAAUUUAAUUUUAAAGUUCUUACGCAUCCCUAAUGUUGUCUUGAUUUUUCCCCAGAACUAUAUUUAUCCUGAUUCCUGUUUGAGCUCAUAUUUUUUUUA